CUCUGUGUCUCUGCUGUGCUGGGAUCACAGUCUAUGUGCUAGAGGAGAAUGGGGACUGAGUGAUGCUGCCUGACACACUGGACUUCAGGGGAUGGAGGCAGGCAGCAUCACAGAAGAGACAGCACAGGCCUUUGUGCGUCCACUUUGUACCAGGCUCGAGGUUCUAGGGAAGGAGUGUAGGCGGUGGUUGGGUAGAUUCUCGGAUGAAGUUAUAAUCAAGGGCAUGACCAACACAGGCUUGCGGAUCAUCUCAGCUUGGUGUGCUGAGGGACAAGCAGUGUGGAGGUUUGUUUCACCUCUGCACAGGAGCUCCGGCUCAUGGAGGGGUUGGAAUAACCCGGGAUAUAGCGAGUGGAAUUGGUCGGUGUAGGCAUGCAGCUAAAAUGGAGAGACAGGGCACGCAGAGUGCCUGUGAACCCUCCAAGGUCAGCCUGGAGUUGGACAGAAACUGUUAGGGGUCUCAGACUGCUGCCCUGCUGGGAGCGGUGGGGGCGAGCGGAACUAGUCCUGAGAGCUGUGGUUUCUUCAACUGUAACUGCCAGGGGGUCCGCGAUUGGCUGUAGACCGAAUGUCUGCUCAUGGAUUGGCUGGCCUAGCUCGGGGGCUGCGCCCUGGGGGCAGAGUCCGCCCCCCCGGGGGGGGCCUUCAAAUAAGAAAUCCCCAACAGGCAAGGAAAAACCGAGUUGGUGUUGUUGAUCCUCCCUUCUGGUCCACUGCAGGAGGCACCGGAGACAAGGCACCAGAACUAGCUGAGCGCACAGCCCAGGCAGCACUGAGCUCACCCGGGAGGCCCCAGGGUCGUCGGGCGAGCAUUCGGUCUUUAGCCAUGGGGUCCGCAGCGUUGGAAAUUCUGGGUCUGGUGCUGUGCCUAGUAGGUUGGGUGGGAUUGAUCCUGGCGUGUGGGCUGCCCAUGUGGCAAGUGACUGCCUUCCUGGACCACAACAUCGUGACGGCGCAGACAACUUGGAAGGGGUUGUGGAUGUCGUGCGUGGUGCAGAGCACGGGGCACAUGCAGUGCAAGGUGUAUGAGUCUGUGUUGGCGCUGAGUGCCGAGGUGCAGGCAGCUCGUGCGCUCACGGUGGGCUCUGUGCUGCUGGCGCUGGUGGCGCUCUUUGUUACCUUGACCGGCGCGCAGUGCACCACCUGCGUGGCCGCGGGCCCAGUGAAGGCACGCGUGGCGCUCACCGGCGGAGCGCUUUACGCGUUGUGCGGGCUGCUGGCACUUGUGCCGCUCUGCUGGUUCGCCAACAUCGUGGUCCGCGAGUUCUACGAUCCCGCGGUGCCGGUGUCUCAGAAGUACGAGCUGGGCGCGGCGCUGUACAUCGGCUGGGCGGCCUCGGCUCUGCUCAUGUGCGGCGGGGGCCUCGUGUGCUGCGGCGCCUGGGUCUGCUCCGGCCGCCCGGAGUUCAGCUUCCCGGUCAAGUACUCGGCGCCGCGGCGGCCCACGGCCAACGGCGAAUACGACAAGAAGAACUACGUCUAAGGGCGGGAGGCACGGCGGGGUCCUUCCCGCAGCCAAGCCCGUGAUCGGAAGGACCGACGCGGGAAGCCGCACGUGGAUGGCAACCACAGCCGAGUUGCGUAGCGGAGACUCCGAGGCAAGUCAGGCUGGGUUCCGGCCAGACUUUUCCGCGCCCACAGAGGGUCCUCUGACCGUCAGAACAGACUACGGGCACUUGUGAGGACCUGUCCGGCCUCCUUUUCUAUGCGCAGUUGGCCGCGGCGUGGGUGGGGCUCUCGGAUUUCAUCGGUGAAGCAGGCACCGAAUUGCAGCUGACGGUUCCUAUUGAGACCCUGGGGAGUUCUAGAUGCUGCCUUAAUAUCCAGUAGUUCCUGCUGACCUGAGAGGGCAGCUGGAGAACCCCCGGCCCGCAGCCUGGGCUGCCAGAGGGAUGUGUCAGAAAGGGCAUUUUCCUUGUUAGUGGAGAGGAGCCACUGAACCGAAGGACUUCACCUGGACCUCGUCUCAUUCUAGCACUCCCCCAACGUGGGGGCAGCGAGGGAGGGACGCUGAGGUACCAGAGCCUUAGAGGGGCUUCCCUCCUCGCAGCUUGGGUGGGGUGGGGAGGGCAAGAAUUUGCUUAGUAAAUGGUUUGAACACUCUCAAA